AGUUCCAGUCAGGCAGAUUAUUAACCUUUCCCUUUGGCAUUAUCUGUUGAGUAGGUGAAGUAGGUAAAGUACUUGAGCUCCAUCUCGCCAUUUACUUAGUUCCAAAUGGCGUUUCCCCUUCGGCGGGAAUCAGCUUUGCCAACGCAAGUUCUCAAACACAAGCACAUGCGUCGCUUGUUGGGCGUUGUCGCCUGUUGUGGGCACAUUUCGCUCCUCCGGAAUUUCGACUCAGCGCAUGCUUUUUCCUUCUCUGCGAAGGCCCGUGUGGUCAACAGAAAAAGCAUCGUCCUAGACGUGUUAUCCGAACGGCGUAAAAAAGCGAAAGUAAAUCGGUCUCCGGAGCAGUUCUUCGGUGAACAGGCACAACUGCUGAAUUCGGACCAGAAGGUAAACAGUGACUCAGCACUCGAAGUAGUGCGGCGCCAGGAGCAUCGAAGGAAACAUGCCCAGACCGAAACUCUCACGGAAUCCGAAUCGGAAAGAGAAGCGGAAAUGCUGCAACAAUCCUCUAAGUCCUCCGUUUCCCUACGGAGAAGUACUAGGAGAAUGGAGACUGGUCGACGUCUUGCGGGCCUGACCGAUGAAAUGAUAUGUCGUCCGAAGGAGUGGCCGAAUUCAAUUGUUAUUCAGAACAAAUGCGCUUCCAAGGCGGGCUUGUGCAGCUCGCGACUCACCACGGAGACUUGCCCGGGAUCUGAUCUGUGGGUUAAGGCGAACGAAAAGUGGUACGAUUGCUGCUACUAUGUGCCUGAUAAGAUGUACCAAAUCGGGGCACAGAUGGGGCUUUUGGACAAAAAUGGCGACAUGACCGCGAAGGCGAAGCAGCUCGAAACCGAACUUAACCAGAUGAGUGCCGAAGAGCAAGACGACCUCGCCGAAAUGAUGUCAGGGUUGGACAUGACGAUGCUCAAGGACCCGAACGCACAGGAAGCCCUGAAAAAGUGGCAGAGUUUUACGUCCGAACAGCAAGAGGAGAUGCUGGACGCCGUGUCCACGGUGGACGACUCAACGUUGCAGUUUCUGACUUCCUCCGAGGGCAAGGAGGCACUAGCGAAGUUUCAAGGCCUGAGUGAAACAGAGCGGGACGAGGCGAUGAAAAUGCUUGGCGCGCUUGACGAUGCGACCAUAGCGACGUUGACAUCGGAACAAGGGCAGGAGGCGCUUGCGAAAUGGAGCAGCAUGACCGAGACGCAGCAGAGUGAUGCCAUGGAGAUGGUGUCCGCGAUCGAUGCUGCAACGAUAGAGUCGCUGGGCUCGCCCGAGGGAAAAAGCGCACUGGAAAAGUGGAGCAACCUCACGCCAGGCCAGCAGAGCGACGCAAUCGAGAUGAUAUCCACGAUCGAUGCCGCGACGAUAGAGUCGCUGGCCUCUCCCGAGGGAAAAAGCGCACUAGAAAAGUGGGGCAACCUCACGGCAAGCCAGCAGAGUAAUGCAAUGGAGAUGGUGUCCGCGAUCGAUACCGCAACGAUAGAGUCGCUGGCCUCUCCCGAGGGAAAAAGCGCACUGCAAAAGUGGGGCAACCUUACAGCAGGCCAGCAGAGCGACGCAAUGGAGAUGUUAUCAGCUGUAGACGCAAGGACCAUUGA